AUGAAUGUCGCAAAAAGCCGCAAACUAAAGAACCAAUGCAUUGUGGAGCUGGAGUGCACGGAAGAUUCGGAGCCAUUCCAGAAAAGGGUGGUCUCAUUCUACACUGGCACCGAAGCACUGGUUAGCCGGUUGGACCGGAAGCCACCGAUCAAUAAGGACAAGACUCUGUAUUUCAGUAACCGAGUCGUUUCCCGAAAGCAUGCUGCUCUGUUUUAUCUAGAGGGCAAGUUCUAUCUGAAAGAUUUAGGAAGCCGUAAUGGAUCGUACCUUAACGGCGAACUCAUUGGCUGUGCGGAGAGUGAAGUGCAACCAACCGAAGCACGAGAGAUCAAAUCUGGUGACGUGGUUCGAUUCGGAAUACCUCGCACAACCGUCACCUCCGGAGAACUUUACAAACCCAUCGAAGGACGGCUGACACUUACUGCGCCAAAUGAUUUAAGGGAGAGAAAGAGUGCCGGACCCAUGAAAUGUUUCACCCCCUUCGAAGGACAUCUGGAGCACGCUGAAUUGCCGAACGUUUCGAAUGAGGCUCCUGUAACGACGGAAGAAGAGCCCAAAAUAGUAAACUCACCCAAGAACGCCCCGAAAAGCCUUACCCAUCAGGGGACUGAAACGGAAACGGUCAAAUCAAGUGAUAGUGAGACACAAACGACCGACGAUAACGAUGCCAACAACUUGAAAAGCCACCAGAAACUACUGGCGCAACGCUGUUCGUUUCUGCAAACAAUCAUUCUCUGUAUGCUGAUCAUAGUGGCCUACCAGUUUCAUCUGUUGUUCUUUUCCAUUGAUUGA